AUGCGGUCGCACCUCGCACGCAAUGCGUACCGACGGCUGCUGGCCCAGCGCGGCUUACGGCCGGCCGCCUCCAUACUACCGAACAGAUGCCUAUGUCGGCCCGCCGCACACAGCAGUCCAACGGCAUUCCGGCAAGUCCCUCGACGGACAUUCUUUGGCAUGUUCCAGAAGCCGCCUCGCGAGGUGAAGGAGCCCGAGCUGGAGCCGGGAUACUAUACCUUGUUACAAUUCAGGGGUAGAGAGACGGAGAACCUACGGCCACCGCCACGGGAAGAGCUAUUAGAGGGCUUCCGCGACUUCUUCAAGCACAAGGUUCGGUACCAGAGAAGGGUCAAUUCCACGCAGGCCUUUUGCGCGCUGCACUUGUUCCGGUAUCUGAUUAGCACAGCUGAUGGUGCUGAUGGCCUGACAAUGGAUGACCUGAGGUCAGCACUGACUGCUCUGUUGAGGAUACCGAUGGGUCCGGUAGAAGACCACCUCGAGCUGUCCAAGGAGCUAUACGCAGAAAUCAAACGCAGACUAGCAGUCGAACAGCAGGGUGACGAAGAGGCAGUAGCGCAGGAAACGACAUCCGCGGCUGGAUUCAAACAGUACAUCAUCGCUUUGACCCAGUACGGUGCGUCGUCCGAGGCUGCCGAUCUGCUGGCUUCAUACUGGCAACAGGCUGGCAUCUCGAGGCGCGACAAGGAGUUGUGGGUUUUGGUCUUGCGAGGCUUUGCCAAAGAAGGCAAGGAGGAGGAGCUGCUGAAAGAGGCCGAGGCUGCAGAGAAGGCCGGCCUCGAGUACAUGCCUCUGUUUCAGGAGAUCAUGAUGACACACUACGCCAAAAGGAACAACUUGGCCGAGACGCAAAAGUGGUUCAACAAGCCUCUGUACGGCAACUACCCCCCGACGGCAGAGACGUAUAUGGAGAUACUGCAACUCUCCCUGCGCAACAAGCAGGCACAGAAGUGGGCUCAGUCAGUAUUCCAGGAGCUGUGCAAUUCCAACCCGCACAAGGGAUUGUGGGACGUCAUCUUCCAAUGGGCCAUCUUGUCGCUUGGGAAGAACGCAGAGGAGAUAAAGCACAUGCUCGACACCAUGGUCCGCCAUAACGAGAAGAGCCGGCCACACAUCCGACCGGAUAUCGGCACCAUCAAUUGCCUCGUCAGAGCAGCGAUGGACAAGGAGGACCCCUUCCUCGCCGAACGUUUCAUCGCCCUGGGCGGCGAGAUGGGUCUCCAGCCCAACUAUCUCACAUAUAUCCUACAACUAGAGUACAGGAUAAAAGCCAAUGACCUGAGCGGCGCCCACGCCACCUUCGAGGAGCUCGAAAACGUCGGGUCUCCCAACGACGAGGACCUCCCCGUCAUCAACAAGUACCUCCGGGCCCUCUGCUCCGCCAAGCCCUUCAACGCCGAGCGCCUCUUCGACGUCCUCGCCGUCGUCGAGGAGCGCCGCGCCAUCCUCGAGCCCCCGACCGUCGUCGAGGUCUGCAUGGCCUUCUUCAAGAACGACCAGCAGUACGACGUCAUCGACACGCUCUCCCUGCACACCUUCCAGUACAGCCUCGAGGAGCGCAAGACGGUCCGCGACGCCCUCGUCGCCUACUGCCUCGACCGGGCCAACACCACCGCCCGCGUCUGGGACGGCUACUCCCUGCUCCGGCAGUACUUCCCCGAGACGCCCGCCGCCGACCGCGUCCGCCUCAUGGAGGCCUUCUUCGCGCGCCGCCGGCCCGACAUGGCCUGCUACGUCUUCGGCCACAUGCGCGGGCACGCGAACCCGUCGGUGCGGCCCGCGACCGACACGUACGUGCGCGCGCUCGAGGGGCUCGGCCGCAGCCCGGACGCCGACGGCCUGCGCAUGGUGCACAACAUGCUCAAGAUGGACGCCGCGGCGCAACCGGGCACGCGCGUCCACAACGCGCUCAUGCUCGCGUACGCCGCGUGCGGCGACCCGGACCGCGCCGUCGACUUCUGGCGCGAGGUCAACGCCUCGGCCGAGGGGCCCUCGUACGCGAGCCUCGAGAUCGUCUUCGCCGUCUGCGAGCGCCUGCCGUUCGGCGACGAGCUCGCGCGCGAGAUCUGGGCCAAGAUCCAGCGCAUGGACAUCGAGGUCCCCGCCGCCGUGUACACGUCGUACUGCGGCGCCAUCGCGGGCCGGGGCGCCGUCGACGAGGUCAAGGGCCUGAUUGCGGGCAUGGAGGCGAGCGUCGGGGCCGCGCCCGAUGUCAUGACACUCGGUGUAUCGUUCAACGCUCUUCCGGGCCAGCAACUACAGGCCGACUUUGAGGCGUGGGGCAAGGAGAAGUAUCCGGAGCUAUGGGAGAAGCUCAGGAAGCGCGGCUGCAAAAAGACGGCCGAAGGACUCAAGAGGUACAAGGUUGUACGAGAGCUCAAGGCAUGA